AUGUAAGUUUGAUUCUUUUCUGGUUUGUUUCGCAAGAUACGUAUACUUAUACAUAGUUCAUAGUACUGAGAGAGAGACAGAGAGAGAGAGGAGGGAGAGAGAUGGCACCACCACCAGCAGAAUCAAUUGAAGAUGAGAUUAGGAACGAGAAGAACCCUAGGCCUCUUGAUGAAGACGAUAUCGCUCUCCUCAAAACCUAUGGACUGGGACCCUACUCCAACACCAUAAAAAAUGCAGAGAAAGAAAUCAAAGAAAUGGCAAAAAAGAUCAAUGACUUGUGUGGUAUUAAGGAGUCUGACACUGGCUUGGCUGCACCCAGUCAGUGGGAUCUUGUUUCUGAUAAGCAAAUGAUGCAGGAAGAGCAACCUCUACAGGUAGCAAGGUGCACAAAGAUAAUCAACCCAAACACGGAAGAUGCGAAAUAUGUUAUUAACGUUAAGCAAAUUGCAAAGUUUGUUGUUGGGCUGGGUGACAAAGUUUCGCCAACUGAUAUUGAGGAAGGCAUGCGUGUUGGUGUUGAUCGGAACAAAUAUCAAAUUCAGAUUCCUCUGCCUCCAAAAAUUGAUCCAAGCGUAACCAUGAUGACAGUAGAAGAGAAGCCUGAUGUUACAUAUAAUGAUGUAGGUGGAUGUAAGGAGCAAAUAGAAAAGAUGCGAGAGGUUGUUGAACUGCCUAUGCUUCAUCCUGAGAAGUUUGUAAAGCUUGGAAUUGACCCUCCUAAAGGAGUUCUCUGCUACGGUCCUCCUGGAACAGGCAAAACACUAUUAGCAAGAGCUGUGGCUAAUAGAACGGACGCAUGUUUUAUUCGUGUUAUUGGCAGUGAGCUUGUCCAGAAGUAUGUUGGUGAGGGAGCUCGUAUGGUUCGCGAGCUUUUUCAGAUGGCACGGUCAAAAAAGGCUUGCAUAGUGUUUUUUGAUGAAAUUGAUGCCAUUGGAGGUGCACGUUUUGAUGAUGGUGUGGGUGGAGAUAACGAAGUUCAACGCACAAUGCUUGAAAUCGUAAAUCAGCUUGAUGGUUUUGAUGCACGUGGUAAUAUUAAGGUCUUGAUGGCAACAAACAGGCCUGACACACUUGAUCCAGCACUGCUACGACCUGGGAGGUUAGAUCGUAAAGUUGAGUUUGGGCUGCCUGAUCUGGAAAGCAGAACACAAAUAUUUAAGAUCCAUACUCGGACUAUGAAUUGUGAAAGGGAUAUUCGAUUUGAACUUCUAGCUCGACUCUGCCCCAAUUCUACCGGAGCUGACAUAAGAAGUGUAUGCACUGAAGCUGGUAUGUAUGCCAUUCGUGCAAGAAGAAAAACUGUUACGGAGAAGGACUUCCUUGAUGCUGUCAACAAAGUUAUCAAAGGGUAUCAAAAGUUCAGUGCCACUCCGAAGUAUAUGGUGUACAAUUGAGUGAACUUUGUAUAAUGCUUAAUGGUGGCUGAAAAAGAAUUAAUUGUGAACACAUGGGAAUCAUUUUUUUUCUUCUGUCUAGACAUUUGCCUUUUUAGAGUAAAAGUUGCUUCCUUUCUUUUGUUUUCUUAUUGUAUUGUACCUUUGUGUAAUCUCAAGUCAUAUGGUUUUAAUCUUGUCAA